UCAUGCGGUUGACACACUUUGUGUUUGCUGCUGCUGCUGUUGCUGCUCCUGUUGCUUCCAGCCCUGCUUAGCUGCCUCCCUCUCGCGGUCUCUGUGGUCCAUCAUCCUCACGUUGGCCACGUACUUCUUGUGCUCGUCGAGCGCCGCGUCAUCGAUGUUGUGAUACCAAAUGUGAGUGGCGAACCCGCCGAUGCCCGUGAAAGCACCUGACAUACGAGAUGGAUGCACAUUCAACGCAUGGGAUCUAUGUGGUUUGUGUGGAUGUGUUGCUGUGCUCACUGACCAAAGGCUACGAUGACUGCCCACGGUAUGAUGUGGCCCCGCCGCUGCCAAUCACGCACCAGUGAGUUCACGAAGGGAAUGUUCAUUGCGAGAUCUUAGUCUGCACUCCUAGCUCGCAAGGCCUCACGAGUUUUUGCGGAUCUGAGUGGCGUCAACCACAUCAAGAACGUCCGAAGGGGCAGGUGAGGUGCACACAUGCGA